CGACUGUUCGAGAAAAUUCGACGGCCGUCGCAGCCCCCUAUAAAAAGCCACAUGUAAACAAAACAUAUGCAGUCUACGUUGUACAUAUCUGAAACGAAAUGGCUCGCUACCUUCUACCAACACAUCCUCCGGGCUUUUUGGAUGUAAUUCCAGAUGAAAUAAAGGAAGACGAUGGAGUAUAUAAGCUCCCAUUGUUUCGAGAUUUCGAAAAUUCCGAGCAAGGAGAGCUACCUGACAGUCUAAAUGGAAGAGUGCUUAUAAUGGAAGGCAAGCAUAAUAUCAAUGAAAACAACGGAUUUUCAAUGAGGGGUAUCCAACAUUUUGAUAAUAUGGAUGACCUCACGAAGAUCUGAAAAAUCCUAUGCAGCUGACGAUCUUGAGGAGCUCUGGAGUGAAAACAUUAGCAACAAUCUAUUUUCAUUUAACCUACCUUUAUUUCGCUAAUCCAUGCUGUCUGGUCACUAACUAUUCAUCUAUUCAACAUUUUCUAGUUUACGUUAUCACUGGUAAUAAGUGGAAUUGUGUGCAUGU